AUGAGCGCAGACAUGGAUACAUUUGCAGCGCGCCUUGCCAGCUUCGACACCGUGCUUAAACCCGAGAGGCGAUCCUCGACCACGAAAAGCUCCAAAACGAUCGGAUGGCCUCACCAUAGCCCUUCACCGGCCGAGCUGGCGCAUGCAGGCUUCUACUACAAACCCUACGAAACAAACCCCGACAACACAACAUGUUUCCAGUGCAAUCGCGCAUUGGAUGGAUGGGAGGAGGAGGACAAUCCGAUCACAGAACACCUCAAGCACUCGCCGGACUGCGGCUGGGCGAUCAUAAUGGACAUUCAGCAGCGAAGCUCGAACCCGGCUACUAUCGAAGACCCGACCAGUGAUCGUAUUACUCAAGCCCGAAUCGCGACAUUCGGAGCGGCCUGGCCACAUGAUGGCAAACGCGGAUGGGUCUGUCAAUCGGAUAAGAUGGUCGAGGGCGGGUGGUACUUCUGCCCGAACGAAGAGAGCAAUGACCUAGCUAGCUGUCCCUACUGCAAGCUCUCGCUCGAUGGUUGGGAGCCCAAGGACGAUCCUUUUGAUGAGCACUUUCGCCGCUCCUCGGAUUGUUCUUUCUUCGUUUUCGCCCAACCUCCUGCUAAGAAGGGUAAAGGGUCCACAUCAAAGAAGGGCCGUACUUCCAAAGCAUCAUCACGACUCUCGACCCAAUCCGUUGCCACUACCACAUCCGAAGCUCCUGAAAUGGAUGUCGAUGAAUCAAUGGACCAGAGCGUGAUGUCCCAAGCAACUGUCAAGCCGAAAGUUUCCAAAAAGGGAACUAAGGGCAAAAGCAAGAGCUCUAGGAGCAAGAAGGAGGAUGUGAUGGUAGAAAGCCAGCUGGAUGUCGACGAGAUCGAGCUUGUACAGCCUGAGCCUGAGCCUGAGCCUGAGCCUGAGCCAGUGAAGCCCAAGCGUGGGACCAAGGCAAAUAAGCGAGUCAGUGAAGAGGUGAGUAAUGACGAGCCGGAAGCAGUCCAAGAAGACUUCCAUGACAGCAGCGUUUCCCAAGCUUAUGAUUACGAUCAUGUCAUGGCGGAUGCGGGCUUAGUGGACGAAGCACCUCAAGAGGGACCUGUCAAGAAGGGUCGCAAGAAGAAGGGCACAUCCAAGAGUCGCAAGACCUCCGAUGUGUCUGUUUCAUCUAAAUCUACGUCCAAGACGCGCGUGCCUCGGGACUCAGAGUUGGAAGCCGCAUUAGAAGCCGGCCUUGACGCAGAUAUCCCCGAGCCUGCAGAAGAAGAGCGGGAACCAGAGCCUGACAAGCCUCUUGUCUCAAAGAAGAACAAAGGUGGCAAGAAAGCCAAGGCUGCUGCCGAGUCACCCGAACCCCAGCAUGAGCCAGAAGAACCCUAUUUUGGCCAAGAUUUACCGUCAGAUGCUCCUGCGGAGCUGGAUGUCUGUAAAAUAGAGGAUCACCCAAUCCCGGAGGAGCCAGAGGAACACGAAGAACCAAUUCCCAAGCCAAGACCAGCCAAGGCAUCUGGGAAGAAAGGAAGCAAGAAGAGCAAGAAGGAGGAAUCUUUAAAGGCUCCGGCUACCCAAGACUCGUCCGAAAUCAAGUCUGCAGCCGAGGAUCGGCGUGAUUCUGAUCGCCACGAAUCUUUUGUCUCGGUGGAAAUCAUAAACAAGGAACCUGAGUCUCGACGAGAGCCUGAGACGGAGCCCAAAGAAAAAGUCAUCAAGAAGAAGUCGUCAAAGAAGGAUGUCAAGGCAAAAAAGACCAAGAAGACCAAGAAGACGGAAGAAACACCUCCCCCAGAGCCGGUUCAAGAGCAGAGAGACCUCAGAUCGCCAUCUCGAGACGAGGACGACGUCUUCGGAACGCCAGAUGACAUUCCCGACCAAGUCGAGAUGGUUGCAGCACCCCGGGCACCCUCACCGGAGCCAUCUGUCGCCCACGAAAGGACACCAGUGCCAGCAAAGACGACGAAACGGUUCAGUGACAUUCCUCAGGAGGAGCAUCUUGCACAGUCCUUCUCUGAAUCGCAAGGGUCUGGCAGAAAAGAACGAUCAAAGCCUCUGCGUGUCUCCCAGUCAUCCAACAGAGCAGUGUCACCACUUCCGACGGCUCGUAUGAGUACGCCAUCUAUGUCACCCCAGUCAUCCGAUGCUGAAAACCAUCCCCCUUCAUCCCGACCUUCAACAGCCAGUCGAACUGUGCCGUCAGCAUCCAAGGAGCUCAAGCCCCGAACCCCACUGGUUGCUCGCACCCCGUCUCCGUCGAAGCGCAAUGCCAAUGCUGGAUUUCCGCCAUCCGCACAUCCCUGGACGCCUGUGGACAUUGAUGAGGUUCUCUUCGGGGAGGCCGAUGAUAAAGAGAAUGCCGACUUGGCCAGUAUGUUCAAGACCGUCAAAGGAACUUUGACCAGUCCGGAGAAGAAGAUGACGGUAGAGGAGUGGAUUAUGUGGAAUGCAAAGAACGGCGAGGAGCGCCUGAAGAGAGAAUGUGAACGGCUCGUCGGCCAGUUCGAGAAGGAAGGUGGCCGGGCGAUGCAACGCCUCGAGGCCAUUGAGUGCAUGGAUUAA